AAUUAGUCCGGAAAAAGGCCAAAGCAAGAAACCAAAACCCAUCAUUCCUUUUUCUUCUUCUUCUUCUUCAUCGCCACAGCCACAGCCACCGAAUCAGAUUUUUUGUAUAUAUCUACGAUCAAAGCAUUCUCGUUUUCGAAUUCUGAUAAUGGUUGUUCUAUAAAACUCGCAUUUCUUAGAUUAGUCUCAUCAAAAUUUUGCAUUUUUUUUUUCUUAUCCCAAAUAAAAUACCACUGAAAGAGAGAAAUUAGAAAAAGCUCGCAACUUUUUGAUUCCUCUGUUUGGAAUUUUUGUUCUGAUCUGAAAAAUAAUGGCUGCGAUCACUGAGAUGCCCACUGAUCCAAAUAAGGUAAUCAACGAUGGUGGUGACGGAAUUGAGAAGACGGAAUCUAAACCGGAAACCGAAUCGGACCUCAAAACCAAAUCAUCCAAACCGGAAUAUGAUCAAAUGAAGAAGCUUGUGGCUAUGUUCAAGAAACUCAAUCCUCAAGCUAAGGAGUUUUUCCCUUCUUACAAGAAGAAUCUCUCUUCUGACGAUUCUAAAAAGCCAUCUGCUGAAGACAACAACAACAACAACAACAAAAAGGAUGGCACUCACCGGAGGAGAAGAAACAACUUUAACCAAGGGAGGAGACUGAGGUUACCUGGAAGAGCUUCUAAGGCUCAGAGGGAGGAUAGUAUUAGAAGAACAGUAUACGUCUCUGACAUUGAUCAGAGUGUGACUGAGGAAGUCCUUGCUGGCUUGUUCAGCAGCUGUGGACAAGUUGUUGAUUGUCGAAUCUGUGGAGAUCCAAAUUCAGUUCUUCGCUUUGCGUUUGUUGAGUUUUCUGAUGACCAAGGUGCACGAGCGGCUUUAACUCUCGGUGGAACAUUGAUUGGAUUUUACCCAGUUAGAGUCUUACCUUCAAAAACUGCUAUUCUUCCAGUGAAUCCCACAUUUCUCCCCAGGUCAGAAGAUGAAAGAGAGAUGUGUACAAGGACCAUCUACUGCACAAAUGUUGACAAGAAUGCUACUGAAGAUGAUGUCAAAACCUUCUUUCAGUCUGGAUGCGGUGAGGUUACUCGUUUAAGGCUUCUCGGUGACCAAAUGCAUUCUACUCGCAUAGCUUUUGUUGAAUUUGCCAUGGCAGAGAGUGCAGUUGCGGCACUAAACUGCAGCGGCUUAGUCUUAGGAUCUCAGCCAAUAAGGGUAAGCCCUUCAAAGACGCCAGUGAGAUCACAAAUCACUCGAUCACCAUCCACAAGCUAGGAGAAACUGACUCAGUACUAGCUUUUGCUGAUGAAGGAGGGUGAUGAUGCAACAUUUAGUUUUUCCUUUAGUAAUAUUUUCCAGUUGUCAUUUUCUUUUUCCUAGAGCAGUUAUAUUUCCAGUUAUGUAGUAGCUGGAAAGCAAAAGAAACCAUGAGCAUGCUCUUGUUCUGAGUUCUGAAACUUAUUUUUAGUCUGAGACUACUACAUUACAGUUUAAUAUCUUUCUCAAAGGAAUUUUUGGAGCA